AUGUAUUAACUUGUUAUAGAUUAAAAUUAAGGGGUAUAGAAAUCCAUAUAUGAAUAUGAAACAUGCUUAGCAAUUGCAAUAAAAAAUGAUAACUCAAUGUUGCUUACUGGAUGGGAUAACAAAGUUCUUGCCCAUAUUUUUAAAUAAGGAAAAUUAAAAUAAGUAAAAUUCUUGCAUCAACAUGCAGCUGAAAUAUCUACGCUCAAUUUUUGUUCAAGAAAUUCUAAUAUUAUCUCUGGCUCACUCGAUGGUUCAAUAAUAAUUUAAUCAAUCUCAUAAAUAUCAACAACAAAAUGGAUUUAAAAAUUAACUGGUCAAGAUGACAUUAUGUGUUUAGCUAUAAGUCCUCUAUCUGAAGACUUGAUUGUCUCAGGCAGUCGAGAUAAUAGCAUCAAAUUUUGGCAAUGUAUUAACAAAUAAUUUUCAUGUACUUAAACCAUUCAAGAACAUAAUGAUUGUGUAUGUGGAUUAUCUAUUAAUGAAUAAGAAAACACAGUUAUUUCAUGCAGUUUAGAUUAAAUGAUUAUAAUAUUUGAAUAAGUUAAAAACAAUAAUUAUGUAAGUUGGGUUGUGAAACAAAAAAUAUUAGUUGAUUAACAUGGUUAUCGUAUCAGCUUUAUAAAUCAAAAUAUAUUUGUAUUCUAACCCGAAUAGAUUAUUGAUUCAAAAUUACUUAUUUACACUCUUAAUGAUUAGAAAUUAUUUUUUCAAAGUAAUCAUCUUUCAAUAAAAGAUGGAGGAAUAUCAUGCUAUUAUUUUUUUCCCCUAAUAUAUAAUCUUAAAAAAAAUAUCCUUAUCAAUAAAAAUAACAAUAAUAUUAAUGUAAUAAGAGUAUUAAAAUAAAAUAAGGAGGAGGAAUGUGUUGAAUUUAGGUUAGAAUAGAUAAUAGAAUUUGAAAAUAGUUGUAUUUUUGGUACUUUAAGUAAUGAUGGAGAAUAUUUAGUCACAUGGGACGAAACAUACAAGUAAAUUUAGAUAAGACAAUACUAAGAGAUGGAAUGA